UUUUUUUUUUUUUGGUUGGUCGAUCCUUCAUAGAGUCAUGAUUACUCCAGUUCGGUGCUUCACCUGUGGCAAGGUCACUGGCAACAAGUACGAGGCGUACAUCACGCUGCUCGCCCAGCAGACCAUCAGCGAAGGUGAUGCGCUCGACGCUCUCAGGCUCAAGCGCUACUGCUGCAGGAGGAUGAUUUUGUCACACGUUGAUUUGAUCGAGAAGCUCUUGCGAUACAACGUCCAAGAUCGCUCCGAUUAAUCAUAAAUAAAAAGCUCUGUUGUGUUGUUACCAUUCUCGAUCCGUUCCACGAUUUUUCUGUCCCAUUGCCGCUGCUUUUGUUCGAAAUGCUGGUUUUGUUCACAACAAGCUACCACUGGACUGCCAAGCACAAAACAAAAAUGAAGUCAUUGAUUUUUCAAAACAUUACAGCCAAAAAAACACCAAG